CUACCCCAAACAACAACAUGAAUCCUGGCCACACCCUGAGAUUAACCUAUCACUAUUUACUAUUGAGGGAAAUCAUACUGCAACCUUUAGCAAAGAGAUUCCAACUAAACUAUUGGAUGAACUUGCUACCCAAACAGAAACUAUAUUUGCAAAACCUACUCUAUGCCAACU